AUGGCGCGCCUUGGCCGCUAUUGGUCAUGCCAGCCUCCAAAAAACGUCAUCAGCAUUUUCGUGACAAUUUACGGUCAUCCCUUGGUGACUUUCUCAGCAGUCCUGGAAGGUAGUGAGCCCUUCCCAGUUCAAGCGGGCAUCCACACAUCGGGAAUAGACCUCCAACAAGUCAUUUGGAAAACCUUGAGUAUUGUGCUCACCCUUCAACAGAAGGACCAUUCAGAUGACACAUCGUUGGGAGAGCGUUGGCAAAAGCUUGGACCAUCUACAGAGCUCGCGGAAAUUACCCCGAAUUUGAAGGAGAACUCCCUCCAGGUCAAAUUUUGGGGUGGUCCACGUCUCGCUUUGCUGGCUUUUGUGGAGGGCGAGGAAAACCGAAUCACUCAAGUCGUCACAAUGUUUAGCUUGAGCGUGGCUUUGUUCAAGAAAGACCUGUUAGCAACUAUUAGGCCAGACCUAUCGCGAGCGGGAGUAGAAGGGGUGUCAUACCCUGGACAAUUGCCAGAGGAAUUGGAGAAGCACCAGCUCCUGGAGGAGCAUUUUGUCUCAGAGUACUGGCCUUUUGAGCCUCCCCGUUCACAGUUGAGCCUGAUCGUGCGCCUUCCCAAGCAUGACCAGCUUCGCCCCAUAGUGGCACUAGGGCCCCUCAAGGAAAACCACGCCCUGGCGAUCCUCUCUGCAAGCGGCGGCGAUUUCAUCGCCUACGAUACAUGUGAUAUUCCCCGAGACGAUGACAAGUGCAAUGUAGAGCUAGAGCCAUGCACUUUCAUGGAGGUACCCUGGCUAAAAGCUUUGACGGGCGUUCCAUUGUCCAAAGUAUUGGUCCUACCUGAAUACGAACUUGCUCUGAACACUGUGUUGGAAUUCUUCGAGCGUGGCGCAUAUUCAAGCCAACGGACAAAUUCUGGUUUUCUCGCAGAUGGUAAUCCGUUCUGGACGCACACAAGGAAGCCCGACAACCUUCAGCAGCGCUCUAAAACAUUUACUUUGCACGGACACGCAGGCAUUGGAAAAACAACAUUUCUAUUUGUGGUCCUCCGCCUUCGACUGGAAGCGGGGCUCCCCACGUUGUUUAUGAAUGAGCCCAAUGGAUUCUACUUCUUCAAUGAAGGAAAGACCUAUAAAUACUGGGUCGACUCAGCACGGAAAACUCGAGCGAAUGACCUCCCAAAUCUUCCACUCACAACAUGGUGCCUCGUGAAAACUGGACGACAUCUUGAGGAAGUUCCCCAGUAUUUGCGAAUGCUUCGUCUUUUCAUACUCGAGGCCGCCUCUCCGCAUGGCAGUCAUUUUAGGCGACCAUCGAAUUCGAUGACAUGCACACAAUACAUUAUGAAGCCAUGGUCAUUGAAAGACAUCUUAUCUGGGCGGCAAUUACAGCAGCAGGUACAUCCAGAACGUGUCCUGGCUAAUGCACUUGCAAACUUUGGGCCUUCAGCCCGGAUAGUAUACUCACAAGCUGGGCAUUCAUUGACUUGGGAGAGCCGACUCAAAAGAUAUGCUCAGUCUGUUACAAUCGGCGCACUGGAAAAUGCCAUCAAUGAAACCAUCGUACUGCCUCUGGAAGGCCGCAUUUCUCCCUUUCUUCUUGUCCUGAGACCUGGGGAACACCGCGCCGACCGUGUUGUUGCCAUCUCCACUAAAUUCAUAGCCACCUUGAUAUUCAAAGUGAUAGAAGCCAAGAGUCAGAAAUCGAAACUCGAUGCCACUAGAAUUCGAAAUAUAUUAGGGGAAGUCAUCGUGUAA